AUGCAGGUCGAGAAUUGCAUCUCGCCAGCGAGUGAUCUCUCCAAUACAUUUAUGAAUGUGGGCAGUGGCUUCUCGAGCUCCGAUGGAUCAGAGCUUUCGUUGCAGGACCAUCCUAUUAUAUCUGCAAGUGACAACCUGGAGAGAAGUUCACCUCUUAAAAAAAACUCUGGGGAGAUGACGAAUCAGUCAGAGGCAGACAAUUUUCCCGACUCCAAGGACGCAUCAGGGGACGUCCAGAGGGGCAAACUCUCUCCUGGUCUACACGGAGUCUCUGACAUCCGUCAUAAUUUCGAUGGAUCUGCAGGAGAAAGGUGCAUCUUUUCUCCAUCUACCCAGCCACAGUCAAUCUCAGCAGCUCCCAGUGCCAUGUUCCCUUACCCGACGCAGCAUGGACCAGCGCACCCGGCAUUUUCUAUCGGAAGUCCCAGCCGGUAUAUGGCCCAUCACCCGGUCAUCACUAAUGGAGCUUACAACAGCCUUCUGACCAACACUUCUCCUCAAGGCUAUCCGGCAGCGGGCUACCCGUACGCGCAACAGUAUGGACACACUUACCAAGGAGGGGCUUUUUACCAGUUCUCCACGGCGCAAGCAGGACUGGUUCCGGGGAAAGCGCAGGUGUAUCUGUGCAACAGGGCCCUGUGGCUGAAGUUCCACAGGCACCAGACAGAGAUGAUCAUCACAAAGCAAGGACGACGAAUGUUUCCAUUUUUAAGCUUCAACAUCUCUGGCCUUGACCCAACUGCUCACUACAAUAUAUUUGUGGAUGUAAUACUUGCUGAUCCAAAUCACUGGCGAUUUCAGGGAGGCAAGUGGGUGCCAUGUGGGAAAGCAGACACAAAUGUUACAGGAAAUAGGGUUUAUAUGCACCCGGACUCACCAAAUACCGGAGCUCAUUGGAUGCGUCAAGAAAUAUCAUUUGGAAAGCUAAAGCUUACAAACAACAAAGGUGCCUCCAACAACACGGGACAGAUGGUGGUUCUGCAGUCUCUCCACAAGUACCAGCCCAGGCUCCAUGUGGUGGAAGUAAACGAGGAUGGGACAGAAGACACCAGCCAACCUGGAAGAGUCCAGACUUUCACCUUCACAGAAACGCAAUUCAUCGCAGUCACAGCCUACCAGAAUACCGACAUUACGCAACUGAAAAUUGACCACAAUCCGUUUGCUAAAGGAUUUCGGGACAACUACGACACUGUCUACACAGGCUGCGACAUCGACCGCCUAACUCCAUCACCGGGUGACUCUCCGCGUUCACAGAUCAUGCCGGGUGCGAGAUAUGCCAUGCAUAGCUCUUUCCUGCAGGACCAAUUUGUCAGCACUUAUGCCAAAUCUCGCUUUCACCCUGGCGUGGGGACUUGUCCUGGCACGGAGCGAAGCGUCCCACUCGGCAACAGCUUGCUGUCCCCGCAGCAAAACGACGAGCCCACUGUUGCCACCCCCCCGCAGCGAUGGUUUGUCACCCCUGCCAACAACCGACUGGACUUUGCUGCCUCGGCAUACGACGCCGCUGAUUUCGCCGGUAACGCGGCCACCUUGCUGUCCUACGCAGCGGCCGGAGUGAAGGCUCUUCCCCUGCCGACUGCGGGCUGCUCUAACCGGCCUCUUGGCUAUUACGCAGACCCGUCAGGCUGGGGAGGACGCACGCCGCCGCAGUACUGUGGCGUAAACAGCAAACCCAGCGCGGUCUUUUCCUGCUGGCCCGCUAACUCUCUCGGUGGCAGAUCGGGCACCAACUACCUGAGCGAGGAGGGAGACCCCAUCCCAACAGAGAGGUCACCGAUCGGCGUCUCCGAGGAGCCCAAAGCCAAAGACAUGACAUCAGAGUCGAACUGGAUAGAGACGCCGUCCUCCAUUAAGUCCAUCGACUCGAGCGAUUCUGGUAUCUUUGAACAGGCCAAAAGGAGGAGAAUCUCACCUUCUGCCACGCCGGUUUCAGAGACAGUGUCCCCGUUAAAAUCGGAGCUGCUGGCACCGCGAGAGUGUGAGAAAAACUGCACAAAGGACAUUGGGUACUACAGUUUCUAUCCUCACAGUUAAAAUGACAAAAGUGAUCUGUGAAUCAAUCAACCUAUCUCUAUCUAUCUAUCUAUCUAUCUAUCUAUCUAUCUAUCUAUCUAUCUAUCUAUCUAUCUAUCUAUCUAUCUAUCUAUCUAUCUAUCUAUCUAUCUAUCUAUCUAUCUAUCUAUCUAUCUAUCUAUCUAUACAGGUUAAUCAAUACAAAUGUUGAAAAGGACUGUCACCUCCACAGUUAUGGUCAAAGUGUACAUUCUUCCAUGGCUCGGGCGCCUUGUUUCCAGAAAACACUGUAAUUGUAAAUAUAUUGUACAUAAUAUGAACAUUUGGUGAUAGUGAUUGGUUGUACAUGAAUAGAUACAAUCUGAUUUAUAAGUAUAGGCAAGUGUUUUAAAAACCUCAUAUGUUAGCCUAAGCUGUUAGUGAAGAAAGAUAUCGAUAAUCUUGUACAUGAAAUGUUCUUGUGUAGCAUAUGCUGACAUAUUAAUCCCUGUCAGUGAAAAAAAUGUGUAUUUUGUACUUUAUCAAAGCUGUAGGCUAAAGGUUAUGACGAUCACUGCAACAUUCAUGAUACCUGUGGAUUAAGAAAUUAUAAAUGUUGGUAAUGUAGAUUUAGUAUUUUUUCAUUUUCAUUUUGUAUUUAAGGUUAUUUUUCAUAGCCUGUAUGCUAAUGUUGUUGUGGAAAUCUCUGUAUCUGCUGUAAUGUGAUGUAAACCUAAUAAAUGAUGUUAUCAUCAGGUCAA